UUUCAAACUUUGGGGUCUUCUGCAAUAAAAUAAUUGUAAAGUACACCCUCAAUCUACGCCUCUGUCUUCCGUCGCCAUUUCUUAUUCUCAACCAUAUUUUUCUCAAUUCUCUGCAAUUUCUAUGCGUUCUGCGCUGCAUUGAUUCCCUGUUCAACUGAUAAAUCAGUGGAUUGAAUAAUAAUUUGAUUUCAAAAUUCGUCGUUGUAACAGCAUCAUUACUCUGCCGGGAAUCUGCUCCUCUUGAAGUACUCCUGAUGUUUCUUGUAUUUCUGGGUCUGAUCAGAAUCAGAAAAAAGCAUCAUAGAUCCGGAUCUCCCAAAGGUCACUUCUUCAUUGAACGCUAGUGAUGUCUAGGAAGUGUUUUACAUUUCCUGCAGUAGAUAUCUGCCAGGUUAUGGAUAUAACAGAUCCUAAUGGUGAAUGGAGAAAAUGGCCUCGAGAAAGAUGACAAUUGAGCAGAUAAACAAAUGUAUUAGCUUGGAUAAAAGUAAAGCUACAGAGUGAGCAUAUAGUGGGCAUAAUGCAGUUCUCCUGGGAAUGAAAAUUGGGGAAAAUAGAGAAAGAAGAUGUAUCAUAAUGCUAAAAAUAUGCCAAAUAAUCACCCAAAUGAAGACCUUCAUGAGGCUACACCUGUUAAUAAUGGUGAACUAUGUAACUUGGUGUCUGCUGAAGGAGAUAUAUUAAACCCAGGAGCAUCUUGUAGCAACACAUUUAGAAAUAACCCUUCUCCACAACUGGACCAGGAGGAACAGUCUAAAAUAGUAGAUACUGUCCAUUUGCAAUUGCAUUGUGGUUCUUCAAGAGAUAAUGCUUCCCGAGCUGUGAAUGAAGAUAUUAACCUGGCACUGGAGAAAACUUCUGGUGGCUGCAUCAGGAAGAAACUUCUUGUUCUUGAUGUGAAUGGACUGCUUCUUGAUAUUUCUUCAGUUGUACCUUAUGAUUAUGAUCCAGAUGCAAUAAUUUCGAAGAAAGCAGUUUUUAAGAGGCCCUAUUGUGAUGAUUUUCUGAAGUUCUGCUUUGAGAGGUUUAACGUGGGGGUCUGGUCAUCAAGAAAUAAGAGAAAUGUGGAGUCAGUUCUUGAUUUUCUUUUGGGGAAUGAUAAGUGCAAGUUGCUCUUCUGUUGGGACCAAUCCCAUUGCACUUAUACCGAUUUCAAUACCAUUGAGAACAGGGAGAAGCCUCUUCUUUUAAAGAAGCUUAAAAAGCUAUGGGAAAAGCGUGUGCCAGAUCUUCCAUGGGAGAGGGGAGAAUAUAAUGAAUCAAACACUCUUUUAUUAGACGAUUCUCCUUACAAGGCCAUAUGCAACCCACCAUAUACAGCAAUCUUUCCAUACACUUACCGGUUCAGAGAUAGAAGAGACAAGUCAUUAGGACCUGGUGGCGAUCUUCGUGUUUAUUUGGAAGGGUUAGCCCUUGCUGAUGAUGUUCAAGAAUAUGUCAAGCAAAACCCCUUUGGUCAAAGACCCAUCACGGAAAGGAAUUUAUCCUGGCGUUUCUAUCUUAGGGUUAUUGAAGCCAAUUCAUCCCCACCACCAGAUACUGGUGAUGAUGGGUAGUUUAUGAGGACUAUUUUGUUUUUUGACAUGUUAACCUUUGACGGCUUCAGUUCGACAAAACCUUGCCUUCGAAGUUACUGUAACUGCAAUCAUGUAUUGAUGGUUUCACGGGGCAUUUGCAAUGUUCGACGAACAGAUGAAGAAGUGAAACAACACUUUGCUAUGGAAUUUCUUUACUGUGGCCAUUUUGAAAUCAAAGGAGAAGGAUCCAAAUAAUGUAUUUUGCACAUAUCUAUUUUGACAUUUCUUAGGGAAUUUUGUUGAAAAUAAUGUUGUAUCUUCUCAUGAUGCAGAUCCUCUUCUUUUUUGUUUAGUAUGAUUUCAAAUUUAGAGAUAUGGCUUUAAUCAGACUGAAUAUUUUGUUUUUGGUAUUUGCCCUUAUAAACCACUUUCUUUCUUU